UGAAUUGAUUACCGUGGCCCCCGACUUAAACAAGUUGUAAAACGUAUUCGGGUGUUACCAUUUAGUGGUCAAUUGUACGUAAUAUGUUUUGUACUGUGUAAACUGUACUGUUUCAUAUAAUGUAUUCUCUUACUUUGCAAUCUACUAAUAAAAAGUUUCAAUCAAUCAAUCAAUCAAUCAAUCAAUCAAUCAAUCAAAGAAAGAUAUAGUCUGGCAAUUUAAGCGUUUUUCCAAAAAACACAUAAAUGCUUUGCUAAAACAACUGCAAUUGUUUAGAUGUACAAAAACAACACAGCAUUGUGCAUUAUACCACUGGACAACAGCAUUCGUAGACACAACUGGUGCUUUAAAUCAGUGCUGUAUUACUGUGAUCCAUUGUUAUUAUUAUUACUGAAAUAACCAAUCCUGUAUUACUCAUACAAAACCAAUGUUGACCAUGUUAUCAACAACCAAGUAACGGUAGUGCCCUCUGUUGGCCAAAUCUUGCAACGUAUUCGCCGAUCAUACAUAAUUGUUAAAAACGCUACCAUAAAACACAAUCAAACGACAAAUUGUUAAAACAAUGCAUAUGGUUUCUGAAAGAAAAAAAAAACAGUACUGAAAAAAAAAAAGUCCACAUUGAUGGGAACGUAGAUAUUGUUACGUCACUUCUGCCGCGCGGUACUUGCCCCAAACUCCCGCCCGGAACUACAACAUUGUUGGACUCAAACUACUGUCUUUUGUGCUUAAUUGUGCGUUCGCUUAACAUCGUUUUUCUUUCCCACCAUGGCCGAGACAAACACACCGGAGCCCCAACGCGAUGAUGUGCUUGCAAACGAGGAGGAUCUUGAGAAAGCUUUGUGCGUGUUGGCCGGAAGUGACCCAGAAAACUGCUCUUAUUCCCGGGGCUAUGUGAAGAGGCAGGCUGUGUUUGCAUGCAACACAUGCACCCCCAAUGCUGCAGAGCCUGCUGGCAUUUGCCUCGCCUGUGCCAACAAGUGCCAUGAUGGGCACGAUAUAUUUGAACUAUAUACCAAAAGAAAUUUUCGCUGUGAUUGUGGGAACAACAAAUUUAGGGAUUUCCAAUGUCAGCUCAUUCCGGCCAAAGAUAAUGAAAAUGUGAAAAACCUUUAUAGUCACAACUUCUCUGGCUGCUAUUGCACAUGUGACCGGCCGUAUCCAGACCCAGAUGAUCAGGUCAACGAUGAGAUGAUACAGUGUGUCGUCUGCGAGGAUUGGUUUCACACUCGGCAUCUACAUUGCACAAUGGUGGAGCCUGAGGAGCUGCUGGAGAUGGUAUGUGAAGCUUGCAUGAACAAAGCUCCUUUCUUGUGGACGUAUGCCGCUCAGUUUGCAGUUGUGUCUGAGAAGGAUGAAAAGGUUGAUGUAGAAGGAGAAGAAAGACUCCAACACUCAAGUGCAAUUACCAAUGAAGCACCUUCCACCAGUCUUGAGUGCAAGAAACAGGAGGGAGCAGAAACCAGGAGCUUGCCUUGUAAAAGGAGCCAUGAUGAAAUGACAGAUAGCUCAGGAAAGAGCAAAACGACGGCUUGCAAGCUGAAGGAUAUCCAGGCCCAGAACGUGGAGCGACCCAGACGCGGUGCUGUGUUCUGGCCUUGCAGCUGGCGCUCUGAGCUGUGCACCUGCAUUAGCUGCAAGAGGGCUUACGUAGCUGCACAGGUGCACUUUCUAAUGGACGAGUCCGAUUCGGUUCUAGCUUACGAGAACAGGGGCCUGGACGAGCCGUUUGGGCAGCACCCGCUGAUGGCGGUGACGAGUUCAAUGACCAGAGUCCAGCAGCUAGAGUUCAUUUAUGGCUACAAAGAGCUGACAGCAGCAAUCACUGCAUUUUUUCACCAAUGUGCCGCAGAAAAAAAAGUGGUUACUGCAGAAGCAGUACAUCAGCUUUUUGAAGAGCUGCAGGCUAGAAAAAGACGCAGAACCAAUGCAGGAUACCAGUGACCAAAGGAAGGCUGUCCACAGUACUGUCGCCAUCAUGUAGAUGUUGGAAGAAAACUGAAUUGGUCCCCCCCCCCCCAAAUAAAUAAAGGGGGCGUUUAUGCUGCAACCAAUGAAGAUAGAACAAAUAGUGGAAAACAUCACAUUUGUGGUGUAUGUUUCUGUUAAAGAUGCCUUAUGCCUAUCCUUGAAGCUGGAAAAAACGUACCGGUAGUUGUUGAUUUAAAAGACUAAUAGCUAUUUCAUGCAUGUGCAUUUCUGACCAAUUUUGUUUUAGCAAUGGAUACUUGAAAGAAAGUGUUGGACACAUGAAGCUGCUUAUGUGUUUACAUGGAGAGAGAUCUAUGUGCUGGAGGUAUUAGUAAAGAAUAAUGGGAGGUCGUUUCCUAAGAGACUCCUUAUUUGAUGCGGUGACGUCCACAGCUGAUGAUGAGUCAGACUUUUUUUAGUCACGUUUACAAUUAAAUGAACCCAGCGGCUUCGAUUUGA